UGGAUCAAACCUGCAAAUCGAUAAUCGCGAUUCAUGUUAUAACAAACGUCAUUGGACGGAUCCGCAUGCAAUUUCUUGCAGGAAUCGGGUGUCAUUUGACGGCUGCUCGUCGUGAGGUUGAGGUAGUUGGUGCUUGUGCCCCGUGAUGUGGUGUGUGGGGGAGGAUGAUAAACAGUCAGCGGAGAACAGGAGGAACAUGGCGGCACAGUUAGCGAGCAGAAAUGUUGUUUCACUACCGCGAAGGUCAGAGCUGCUUCUGAUUAACGGGAUUUAACGGCAAGGAUACUACCAAAAGUUUUAAAUCGGAGCAGCAGGGGAUGCACACAGAUUUCCCAGCAUUGCCGUCCUGCAGCAAUGCCCUGAGGGACUUUAUGGACUGAAGCCAAGGCGCUGGUGUGCAGUGAGGAUGAGUGGUGUCGGUGAACACCCCUCUGACCCGUCCAGGGCAGAGUCCCGGAAACGUAAAGAAUGUUCCACAGAGCUUCUGGGACCCAGCCCCAAGCGGAGCAACGAGAAGCGCAACCGAGAGCACGAGAACAAGUACAUCGAGGAGCUCGCAGAGCUCAUCUUCGCCAACUUCAACGACAUCGACAACUUCAACGUCAAGCCCGACAAAUGUGCCAUCCUGAAGGAGACGGUGAAGCAGAUCAGACAAAUCAAGGAGCAAGAGAAGGCUGCGGCAGCCAAUGAAGAGGAGGUGCAGAAGGCAGACGUCUCGUCAACGGGCCAGAGCGUGAUCGACAAGGACGCCCUGGGCCCCAUGAUGCUGGAGGCGCUGGACGGCUUCUUCUUCGUGGUGAACAUGGAGGGCAACAUCGUGUUUGUGUCGGAGAACGUGACGCAGUACCUGCACUACAACCAGGAGGAGCUGAUGAACACCAGCGUGUACAGCGUGCUGCACGUGGGCGACCACGCAGAGUUCAUCAAGAACCUGCUGCCCAAGUCCCUCGGUAAGCUCCCAACAGGUCACAGCGGGGGGAGGGGUCUCUGGUCCCCUGGCCGGGCUCUCAGGGGAACAGCCAGGGGGGGGUCUCUGGUCCCCUGGCCGGGCUCUCAGGGGGGGGUCUCUGGUCCCCUGGCCGGGCUCUCAGGGGAACAGCCAGGGGGGGGUCUCUGGAAACUGUCCGGGAAAAACAUUCAUUUAAUUUUCUCACCCUCUCCUUUGUGCCCCCCCCCCCCCCCCCCCCCCCCAGACUUCCAGUCGUGUCUGAUCUGCGUGGCGCGCCGGGUGCCUAUGAAGGAGAGGCCCAUGCUGCCCACCCACGAGAGCUUCACCACGCGCCAGGACCUGCAAGGUAAGAUCACCUCUCUGGACACCAGCCUGCUGAGGGCCUCCAUGAAGCCGGGCUGGGAGGACCUGGUGCGCCGCUGCAUCCAGAGGUUCCACCUGCAGAACGACGGGGAGAUGUCCUUCGCCAAGAGACACCAGCAGGAAGUGCUCCGCCACGGGCAGGCCUUCAGCCCCAUCUACCGCUUCUCGCUGUCGGACGGAACCAUCGUGUCGGCCCACACCAAGAGCAAGCUGGUCCGCUCGCCUGCCACCAACGAGCCCCAACUCUACAUGUCCCUGCACAUCCUCCAAAGGGAGCAGACGGUGUGCGGGGUGAUGGGCCAGGACAUGGGACCGGGCGGCCCCAAGCCCAUGAACUCGUCCACGCCCGCCAUGACGCCGCCCACCCCGGGCAGCGUGCCGGGCUCCGGGCCGGGCUCCGGCCCCCAGGGCCAGGACACCACCAUCAGCAGCAACAGCACACCCUUCUCCCCCCCGGGCCCCGCCGGCCCCCGGGAGCCCGCCGCCAUGGGGGGCCACAUGCAGAGCUACCGCUUCGGCUGCCCCCCGCCCCACAGCCACGCCGGGGGCAUGCAGCCCCCCCAGCAGGGCGCGGGCUGGAGGAUGAACAGCCCGUCCCGCGGCAGCCCCAGCCCGGCCGGCGGGCCGCACCCCCCCCAGCAGAACUCCAUGCUGUCGCCCCGGCACCGGGGCAGCCCCGGGGCCGCCGGCAGCCCCCGCGUGGCCGGGGGCCUGCACUCGCCCUCCCCCGUGGGGAUGGGCCCCGGGGGGCCCGGAGGUAGCGGCCCCGCUAACAGCUACACCAGCAGCUCCCUGUCCGCCCUGCAGGCGCUCAGCGAGUGCCACGGGGUCAGCCACGCCCACCCCCACGCCCACACGCUGGGCUCCCCCGACAGGAAGCUGGGCUCCCCGGCCGGGGCCCCGCCCAACCCCCACGUGACGUCCAAGCCGGGCGAGGGCGGCGGGGGUCCCGGCGAGCCCUUCGGCCCCCACUCGGAGCCGGGGGGCCCGGGCGACGGCGGGGGGCCGGGCGAGCCCAAGGAGGAGCGGGACGGGGGGGGCGCUGCGGCCGAGGGCCACGACGCCCACGGCCGUCUCCACGACAACAAGGGCCACACCAAGCUGCUGCAGCUGCUCACCACCAAGUCGGAGCCCCUGGAGAUGCCCCCCUCCCCCGGCGACGGCAAGGACCCGGCGGGGCCCGGGGCCCGCGGGGGCCACCAGGCCGGGGCCACCCACACCACCUCCCUGAAGGAGAAACACAAGAUCCUGCACCAGCUGCUGCAGAACAGCACCUCCCCCGUGGACCUGGCCAAGCUGACGGCCGAGGCCACGGGCAAGGAGCCCGGGGAGCCGCAGGGGCCCGGGGCCGGGGCCGAGCUCAUCCCCAAGCAGGAGCCCCUGAGCCCCAAGAAGAAGGACAACGCGCUGCUACGCUACCUGCUGGACAAGGACGACACGGUGCUGAAGGACAAGGCCAAGCUGGAGCCCGGGGAGAUCAAGGUGGAGGCCGGGAAGCUCCCGCUGGUGAAGACGGAGAAGCAGGACGCCGGCUACGACCGCGCAGAGCAGUCCUCGGAGCUGGACGACAUCCUGAAUGACCUGCAGAAUGCCCCGCCCCUGUUUGGAGAGCAGCGGCCGGUCUCGCUGCCCAGCCCGAUGGACAAGCAGAACAUCAUCAACGACAUCCUGCAGAUGUCCGAGAGCGGCGACCCCGCCCGGGUAGCGCAGCAGCAGCAUCAGCAGCAGCAGCAUCAGCAGCAGCAGCAGCAGAAUCAACAGCUACAGCAGCAGCAGCAGCAGCAUCAACAGCAGCAGCAGCAGCAUCAACAGCAGCAGAGUCGGCCUAUGGGCCCGGGCAUGGGCCCAGGGAAUUUCGGCGGCGUCCGACCCAACCAGCCUGGCCGGGGCGCCCCCAUGAGGAGUGUGUCCCUGGACAUGUCCAUGUCCCCCCAGAACCCCUCGCUGCAGUACCCCCUGAGGGCCACCAGCCCCUACACCCUCAUCCAGCAGCAGCAGCAGCAGCAGCAAGGCAUGAUGGGAACCCAUGGCAUGCUGAGCAGCCCGGCCGGGAUGGUGAACGCAGGGCUCAUGGGUCCUGGCGGUCCGCGGCCGGGCAUGCAGCAGCCGGAGGGUUGGAUUGGCUCUGCGUCGGCCCCUCCCCCCGGCGCCGCGGGGCGCCUGGGGCCCAGCGCCGCCCCCAUGAGGCCCAACAGCCAGCCGGGGCCCCGGCUGAUGCAUCAGUCCACCAUGAUGGCCAACGCAGCUCAGCCAGGGAUGGACAUCGGCAUGGCCGGGCACCAGUUCUCCCAGCAGCAGGCGCCGCCCAAUCAGACGGCUCCGUGGCCUGACAGCAUGAUGCCCAUCGACCAGACGGCCUUCGUCAACCAGAACAGGUCGGUGUACCCGGGCCCCCAGGACGAGCUGUGCGGCGGGGGCCCCGGGGACGGGGCGGCGGCGGACGAGGGCGCGCUGCUGUCCCAGCUCUACACCGUGCUCAAGGACUUCGACGGGCUGGAGGAGAUCGACCGCGCCCUGGGGAUCCCUGCUCUGGUAGGCCAGGGCCAGGCGGUGGACCAGGACCAGUUCUCCCAGCAGGACCCCUCCAUGCUGCUGGACCAGAAGCCGCCCAUGUACGGGCAGCAGUUCGCCCCGCCCCCCCACAUGGGCCAGAGGGGCUACGCCGGGGCGCCCAUGCAGGAGCCGUCCUUCCACCCCAUGGGGGGGUCCAUGGGGGGGGGGCCCAUGGGGGGGGGCCCCAUGGGGCCGCGGCCCGGCUACCCCAUGCUGAGGAUGCAGACGCGGCCCGGCCUGAGGCCCGCGGGGGGGGGGCCCCCCCAGCCCAACACCCUGAGGCUACAGCUCCAGCACCGUCUGCAGUCCCAGCAGAACCGCCAACCGAUGAUGAAUCAGAUGAGUGGCGUGUCCAACGCCAACCUACCUCUCAGAGCCAGCGCUCCCAACCAGGGGACCAUCAACGCCCAGAUGUUGGCCCAGCGGCAGCGGGAGUUGCUCAGCAACCACCUGCGGCAGCGGCAGGUGCAGCAGGCGCAGCAGGUGCAGCAGCAGCGCAGCAUCGCCAUGCGCGCACAGGGCCUUAGCCUGCCGCCCAACAUGGCCGCCAACGCCGCCGCCGCCGCCGCGGCCGGGGGCAUGGGCAACCCCAGGAUCCCCCAGGGCAACCCCCAGCAGUUCCCCUACCCGCCCAGCUACGGUACCAGUACAGGCCUGGCCUCUCCGCCCCCCCCCACCAGCCCCUUCUCCUCCCCUCUCUCGCCCGGCCUGCCCUCUCUCCCCCCCAACCCCCAGCUCCACAUGCAUGGCUCCUCCUCCUCUUCCUCCUCCUCCUCCUCCCAGAUGAUGAUGGGCGGACAGUACGGGGCGGUACUCACCCCCCAAAUGCAGCACAGUGCCUUUCAGUUCCCCAACUCAGGUAUGAGCCAGCAGGCGGACGGGGGGUUCGGGGGUCCCGGGGCGGCCCAGAGCCCCAUGCUCUCGCCCCGCAUGAGCCACGCCCAGUCUCCCAUGAUGCAGCAGGCCCAGGCCGGCGCCGCCUUCCAGGGCUCCCCUGACAUGAACGGCUGGCCGCAGGGCAACAUGGCGGGCAGCAGCAUGUUCUCCCAGCAGCAGCAGCCCCCCCAGCAGCAGCAGGCGUCACCCCAGUUCAGCCAGCAGAGCAACGGCAGCCUGUACAGCAGCAACGGCCUCAACAGCGUCUCCAUGGCGACCAACAUGGGCCCCACCAGCAGCAUGGGCCAGAUGGGCGCCACGCCCAUGGCCUCGGGACCUCCAACGGGGAUCCCCUCCAUGGGGCCGGAGCAGAAGUACUGUUGACCUCGGGGAGUGUUCCGCCUGCUCCUCUGUGAUUGGCCCCCUGGACCCCCCCUGGACCCCGCCUCCCCCGGCCUGGCGGCCCCUCCCUCCUCAACCACACAACUACGGGCCCCCAGGAGCCCGCCGGGGGGCCCCCAGGAG